AUGGCGCGACAGGACGCCGUGAGAUGCGUGCGUAUUUUCCUCUACGCGCUCAAUGUGCUUUUCUGGCUUUUGUCAGCGUGCAUUCUGGGAGUGGCGGCGUGGAUUCGAGAUUCCCUGAACGCCGUCCUGACCCUGACUGCUCACACCAGGCUGGAGGAAGCCGCAGUGCUGACGUUCGCUCCCGUGGUCCACCCCGUCCUGGUGGUGGUGUGCUGCUUUCUGCUGAUGGUGGCCAUGCUGGGCAUUUGCGGCACGCUACGCUGUGACCUCGUGAUGCUGUCCUGGUACUUUGGAAGUCUGCUGGUCAUCUUGUGUGUGGAGUUGGCCAGCGCCCUCUGGACCUAUGAACAGCCCCCAUUGCAGCGCUCUGACAUUAUCAGUCUCAAGUUUCGUAUGUCAAACUUUGGCCUUCGCCAGCAUCAGUGGCUCACACACACCUGGAACACCUUUCAGACAGAGUUUGAAUGCUGCGGGGUGAUCUACUUCACGGAUUGGCUGGAGAUGACGGAGAGGGAGUGGCCUCCCGACUCUUGCUGCUCCAAUCAGUAUCCCGGAUGCGCCCGGCGAGCCCACCAACACGACCUGAGCGAUCUCCAUCAAGAGGGCUGCGGUCCCAAGUUGCUGUCGUUCAUCCGCUCUAGCGCGCCGCUGCAGCUACUGCGUUUUCUGGGCGUGGCCUUGGGCGUGGCGCAGAUCCUAGCCAUGGCUCUGACGCUCACGCUGCUCUGGACGCUUUACUACGGACGCCGGAGACUUAAGGAGCGACGGGGCUCGCCGGCGCCGCCUCAGGGAGGCGUGGUCACGCCCGCCGCCGAGCACCGUGUACAGGUAGAGCCCGGGUCCUAG